CUGAACUAUUAGAUUUGUUUUUCUUUUAAACAAUUAAAUUAAAUUUAUUUAUGAGCAAUAGGAAAUUAUUAAAAUCUCGAAACAUUUGGCGGGAGAUAGUCAUCCACAACCAUAUUCGCGUAUACUUGUCCACACUGAAUCAUUUCUAUUACUUCAUCCUUCUAAAACCCUAAUUUCCGACAAAUCUGAAAAAAAUUGGGUUUACCAAAACCCUGAAAAUUAUCAACUAAACUUCGAUUCAAUGGAAACUGACGAUAGUAGUGAUACUCCAAAUGUAUCGAAAAAAGGGAAAUCCAAAACUUCAAGUAAAGCAAAAGCAAGUGUUCUCAAGCAGAAGUCACCUGCGGAAUUCUUUGCGGAGAACAAGAAUAUUGCUGGAUUUGACAAUCCUGGCAAGUGCUUAUAUACUACCGUGAGAGAGUUGGUUGAAAAUGCCCUUGAUUCUUCAGAGUCUAUAUCUGAACUUCCUGUUGUGGAGAUUACAAUUGAAGAGAUAGGGAGAAGUAAGUUUAACUCGAUGAUUGGUCUCGUUGAUCGCGAGCGAGUUGAUGAAGAGCUCUAUGAUGAUUAUGAAACUGAAAAAGCCCGUGAGAAACGUCUGGCAAAGGAAGCUCGUGAACAGGAAAUGCUAGCAAAAAGUGUUGCGUUAGGGAAAAAAGUUAAAGAAUCUGCUGCUAAAGUUGGGAAAGGUCGAGGUGAAGCCACCUUUUUCAGGGUGAUUUGUAAGGAUAAUGGAAAAGGAAUGCCACAUGAUGACAUACCUAAUAUGUUUGGGAGAGUUCUAUCUGGAACAAAAUAUGGGCUGAGACAAACACGUGGGAAAUUUGGAUUGGGGGCUAAGAUGGCAUUGAUUUGGUCCAAGAUGAGUACUGGAUUACCUAUAGAGAUCUCAUCAGCGAUGAAAGGUCAAAAUUAUCAAACAUUUUGCAGGCUGGAUAUUGAUAUUCAUCGGAAUAUACCACAUAUUCAUUUACAUGAAAAACGUGAAAAUAAGGGACGUUGGCAUGGAGCUGAAAUUCAAGUUGUCAUUGAGGGAAACUGGACUACCUACCGGUCUAAGAUAUUGCAUUACAUGCGUCAAAUGGCUGUCAUCACACCUUAUGCUCAAUUUCUAUUCAGAUUUGUCUCAGAAGCAUCCGAUAAAAAUGUGACUGUACAAUUUGCACGAAGAACAGACAUAAUGCCCCCAGUACCAACGGAAACAAAAUACCAUCCAUCUGCUGUCGAUCUGUUACUCAUUAAGCGGCUUAUUGGAGAAACAUCAAAGCAGAAUCUGUUACAAUUUCUUCAACAUGAGUUUGUCAAUAUAGGAAAGCCUCACGCUGAGCGUUUGAUUGGUGAAAUGGGUCCAGAAUUCAGCCCCAAAAUGGCUGUAAAAUCACUGACCUCACAACAAAUAGUUCGUAUACACCAGUUGUUUCGGCAGGCUAAAUUUGGUGAUCCGAGUGGUGAUUGUCUCAGCCCUGCUGGGGAGUACAAUCUUCGUUUAGGAAUUAUAAAAGAGUUGCAUCCGGACAUGGUUGCUACUUACUCAGGCAGUGCUCAAGUAUUUGAAGGCCACCCUUUUCUUGUUGAGGCUGGAGUCAGUAUUGGUGGCAAAGAUGUGAAACAAGGUUUAAACAUUUUCCGGUUUGCUAAUCGCAUUCCCCUUCUUUUUGAGCAAGGUGCCGAUGUUGUCACAAGGACAGCUUUGAAGAGGAUAAGUUGGAACAAUUAUAAGAUCAAUCAGACUCAGGAUAAAAUCGGAGUGUUUGUGAGCAUUGUCAGCACUAAAAUCCCCUUUAAAGGGACUGGAAAAGAAUACAUCGGUGAUGACAUUAGUGAAAUAGCUUCUGCAGUGAAGUCUGCUAUUCAGCAAUGUUGUAUCCAAUUGAAGUCCAAAAUCGUGAAGAGAAUACAGGCUAGGGAACAGCAGGAAAGAAAACGAAAUAUGAGCAAAUACAUUCCUGAUGCUGCAAAUGCUAUCUAUGAUGUGCUCAAAGAGGCGGCACAAUUGCAUACAUCAAAGAAGAGAAAAUACGAAGGCGAGGAUGCAGAAAUAUUGAGUAAGGUGUCCACACGUGCUUUGACAACAGAAACACUAAAAGAGAAGCUCGCCAGACACGUUGAACAGGUGGACUAUGAAAUGGCUCUGGACUACGCGACACAGACCGGUGUUAGCGAGGAACCUAGAGAAUGUAUUCAUAUACCGCCAUUGGAGUCUAAACGCAACUUCAUUGACCUACAUGGUCCGGUUUUUGUUUUUCGACUUUUCCAGUAGGUAGUGACAUCAUCAAACAUCAAUUUACCGUUCAUUUAUAGUUUUUUUCAUCAGUGAUAUGUAUACUUGAGAGUAGUUAUUAGAUUUGUAGACUGUACUUCCUCCCUCACUAUGAGAAUGACAAUUGCAUACAGGCGGUUCUUUUCUCCUUUUUUUCUCCGAUUAUGUAAACUAAAAGUCUGAAAGUGAGUAUAAAAGCUUGAGCAAAUAAAGUGUUGCAGAUUGGAU